UCCUGUGGGCUGAGCCUGACCUGCUUGGUCAUCUCUUUUCUGCGCUUCAAGGGAAAGGCGAGAUCGUGCACAAGGGACACCCCGGACCCCACCGGCGUCUGUCCCCUCCGGCUGGCUGAGGAAGGGUGCCAUGGAACCUCUCCACCUGUUUCUCCUGCUGCUGGUCACAGAGUUGUCCCAAGCCCUCAACACCACGGUGCUGCAGGCUGUGGCCGGCCAGUCCCUACGCGUGUCAUGUACUUAUGACACCUUUAAGCACUGGGGGCGACGUAAGGCCUGGUGUCGCCAGCUGCAUGAGGAGGGCCCGUGCCAGCGCGUGGUGAGCACACACAGUGUGUGGGUGCUGGCCUUCCUGAGGGUACGGAACGGGAGCACGGUUAUCACAGAUGACACCCUUGCUGGGACCCUCACCAUCACUCUGCGGAACCUCCAAGCCAGUGACACGGGGCUCUACCAGUGCCAGAGCCUCCGAGGCGGAGAGGCUGAUGUCCUCCGGAAGGUCCUGGUGGAGGUGCUGGCAGACCCUUUAGAUGACCAAGAUGCUGGAGAUCUCUGGGUCCCUGAGGAAGCGGGGAGUUUUGAGGGGGUCCAAGUGGAACACAGUACUUCCAGGAGCCAGUCAGGAGAGAUCUCCUUCCCACCUACUUCCCUUCUUCUCCUCCUGGCUUGUAUCCUCUUCAGCAAGCUUCUUACAGCCAGCAUUCUCUGGGCUGUGGCCAGGAGAAGACAGAAGUUGCAGACACCUGUGGCCAGUGAGCUGGACUGUGGCCAUGCUGCUGGGCACCAGCUUCAGAUCUUGACUGGACCGAGAGCUACGUGAGAGAGCUCCAAGUGGGAGGAGAAGCCCAGCUGAAGUCCACCCGGGAGCCAUCCCAGCUUUCACACUCUCCCCUCCUUCUCACCAAGACUUCUGUUUCUGCUACUUUUGCUUCAGAGGCCAACUCUGCCUAAAGCCCACAUUUCCUGGAAGCAGGAAUACUGGUGUGUACAUAUGUGUUGAGUAGGGACGAGAGCUAGGUGGUCACUAUCUAGCUCCAGAUGGCCAACUUCUGCACUUUGAACAUUAAACACUCUCACAUACCCAUUUUUUUCUAGAUGGUUCUGUGCCUCAUAAAGCAUAGUCUCAGUGAUGGGACUAAUGGUUUUAUGCAUGCUAGGCAUGAGCUUACCACUGAGAUAAUUCUAGAAGCCCCUGCCUAGGGAAUGGUGUUGCCCACAGUGGGCUGGGUCUUCCCACAUCAAUCAGCUUGUAAUCUAGACAACCCCCUUAGACAUGCCCGCAGGCCAACUUCAUCUAGACAACCCCUCUUUGAGACUUUGGUGAUUCUGGAUUGUGCAAGAUGACAAUUAAAACU